AUGACUGAGGUUACACUGUGCCAUCAAAGGUGUCGGAACAUGGGCUGUGCCGAAAACAACAAUGAGGCUGUGUUAAAAUGGCACUUUACGAGCAUAAACGUCGCGACGCAAGAAUCUGGCUUGAGAUGUGAGCGGAUGGCGCUACAUCUGCAGUCUCCAUUGUUUUCGGGUGAAAGAAUUGGUAUCGGUAUCCAGGCCAAUAUCUCUCACGUGGGCCCGGAAAACAUUCGACAAUUUCGGCGUGACCAAUUGAUUAUGGAUGUGGUUGGUCGAACGGUGGCUAAUCGUAUGGCAAAGCUGGCUCAGUGGGCGGUCGAUAGUGUGACAUGUAUCAAAGUUGCGUUACACGUGGACCACAGCAACGCAGCCUUACUGUUCACGCACGCGAUCCACUGA